UUUAUUUUAUGGUUUGAAAAGUUCUACGAGACAACAUUAAUUAGUAACAUUCCUCAAUGAACAUGCAAUGUAGUUUAUUAUAAAUGGUAAUUUAGAGAUAAUGGUGUGAACAUGUUAAGUUCCAAGCAACCCAUCUAAAACUGAAAGUGGAGCUCAGUAUUGAUGCACAUUCUCCUCGAAGCCCUGAGCACAGCUUAUAUUUCACUCUAAAUUAUCUUUUUUAGCCUUUCAUAUCGAGACCAUUUUAGCAGCAUUUUUAAAUAGAUUACUAAAAGGGAAAGCAGACGAUAAAAUAUGUAAAGCAAGCAUUUUAGGCAACAGUCCAGAUUAUAUAAUUCCAUAUGAUCAGAGAGAUAAUCACCUGUUUUCUGAGAGGACUCAUGCCUUCAGAUAAAAUGACAAUGGAUUACAUCUCUUCCUUCCCACCCCACCCCCUUUGGCGUGCUUUAAUUAGAAAGACACUAGUGUAGAUUAAAGUCUUAGCCAUACUCAAUUCUUCCCUUGACCUGAAGAAAACCACAGCCAUCGAGAAUCUGGUGGGAUACAAAACAUUGUCAGUUUCAUCCAAGUACACCAGUGAGCUUAAAUAGAGCAUCCAGGAGGUGCACUAUUUACACAAGAGAAAAAAGGUGACCCCUUACAUAUUGAUGAUUUGACUCACAUAAUGGUCUUACCUUCUGGAUCACAGCCUUGAAGUGUCAAGCACAUCAUUUCCAUGUAGACAAGUGACAUUUCCGUGCAGGAGAAGGCUAAGAUAAUCUUCCAGAUGUAAACCAAGGACCUGCUGUCUGGGUCUUUGCAUUUGUCAGUUGUGUAUUUAUGUGUGGGACACAGUAACUGUUGAAGCAAACCGAAUUCAAGCAAACUAAAAAGCAAAUCCUUGCAUAGUACUUAAAGUCCAAUGAGAUAAAAUGAUGGAUCAACAGGAUUAUUUUUGCUUAAUGAAGCAUUCUGGGUUUUGAGUCUCAUUGGACUCAGUUUUUCAACAGGAUGUUGUGCUCAAGGGCUGGAAUUUGGAAAUUCCACAACAGCUAUAUAAUCAGUCAGCUCUGAUUAAUUUAAUUGAAACAGGACUCUUGAUGAGGCCCUGCUGUGCUUAUAAUUAAAAAUUUAGAAACGGGUAGGGAGAGGGGUAAAUGAUGUGGGGGUUUCUUUUUCCUGUGAAAUUAGCAGAGUGUAUUAAUUCAGAAGGUAGGCAGUUGCCUCUGAUUGUAUGCUUUAGUAAUCUGAACCAUCUGCCUCUAUAUACUAAGGAGUUCACCACUUUAAUCCAGCUUACGGCCGACAAACCACUCUUCUCUAUCAGUAUGCCCUUGAAUAGAUGAGGCUGUGCAAAGUCCUUUGCUCUUAAAUGUAUUGCUGUCAUUGAGAAUAUUUGGAGGUUUUCUCUUGGGUUUGUUUGGAUUUUGUUUCUUCAGCUUUUGUCUAAUUUUGGUUUUAUUUUUCUGGAGCAGAGAAAAUGGCUUUCCUUAUGAAAAGUAUGAUAAGUAACCAGGUAAAGAAUUUAGGAUUUGGUGGUGGGUCUGAAGAAAAUAAAGAAGAAGGAGGUGCAUCUGAUCCUGCAGCAGCUCAAGGGAUGACUAGAGAGGAGUAUGAGGAGUAUCAAAAGCAAAUGAUUGAGGAGAAGAUGGAAAGAGAUGCUGCAUUUACACAGAAAAAGGCUGAGAGGGCAUGCCUCAGAGUUCAUCUCAGAGAAAAAUACAGGCUCCCAAAGAGUGAAAUGGAUGAGAAUCAAAUCCAGAUGGCUGGAGAUGAUGUGGAUUUACCCGAAGAUCUCCGGAAAAUGGUAAAUGAAGAUCAAGAAGAGGAAGAAGAUAAAGAUUCUAUUCUUGGGCAGAUACAGAAUCUCCAGAACAUGGACUUGGAUACCAUAAAAGAAAAAGCCCAGGCCACCUUCACUGAAAUCAAGCAGACAGCGGAGCAGAAGUGUUCCGUGAUGUGAGGGGUGGGAGGGGUGGAGGGAGGGAACCAGUCAUCCUUGGAAAAGACCACUCUCCUGUGGGACGUUUCGAGCAGUACAUGUUUUAAUGUAGUGAACACAUUAAGGAAAACCACGAUGAUCCAUUGAUAGACAAUCAUUUGGUUGUUCUAAAUAUUCCUGGCAGAGCAUUUAGCUAGCACCUUGCAGCAGGAACCAUAUUUUCCUUUUAGUUAUAAAUGAGACGGACUGGAAAUUUUCAGGUGUAAAUGAUGAUGCAGAACACGUAUCUGCUUAAAGACCUUGAGAUGAGUCAAGAAGAAACAAAAGCAAGUGGCAUUUCCUCUCCAACUUUCUUCCUUGGAGGCCAAGUUCUCACCCUGUCCAACUAUUCGCAGGACACCAGGUCCCUUCAGAGAAAGAUGUGGAGAGUCAAGGUGUCCACUGGAAGCCGGGUUGCCCACAGGGAGCUGAGGCUACAGACUCCAGGGCAAUCAAAGGUCACCACCCCCACCCCUCACCUCCAGGCUCCUUGAAUUUGUCAGUGAUACUCAUCAAGUUUGGUCCUUGGAUGCUUCUCAGCCAAGUGGCGGUAGCAGGGAUGUGGUGAACAAUGAGAAAUUGAGGCAGGGAACAGACCUCACCAGCCCUUUGCAUUGGAGAUCAUCACUCUAGUGGCCAUGGGAAGAAUGGAACCGAGGGAGGCACAAUUAUAGGCUGAGGGAAACCAGGGAGACGGCUGCUCUUUUUGAGUUGAGCUUAACUCUCCUUGUCUGAACUUGGUGAUAGCAAUGGAAACAAAGUGGGUAGACUAACAGAGAGCGUUAAGAAGUUAAAUCAGUCUCUCUCUGUCUCUCUCUGUCCCCUCCCAACCUAUUUCUCUCUCAUCCCCUUCCCUCCUUCUUGUCCAAUCUCCCUGUCUCUUUUUUUUUUUCCUUCUCCUGUCCCUUCCUAUCCCACCCCUUCAGACUACCUUCCAGUAAAUCACACGGUCAUUUGGUGCCACAGGCUUUCAGGGUAGGCACUGAUUUUUUUUUCCCUAAUAUCUGCUCUCUUUCAAAAGGAACAAUUCGAAAGACUUAGGACAGUUACCACUGAAACACUUCAAGCUAUUUAGCUAAAGCCUACCAAACCAAAACAAAAUACUGAUUUUUUUUGGUGAAUCUGUUCAUAUGGUGAAUAAAGAUCUAUCAAAGGAAAAGGAAACUGAGACCAAAAACUUAGGGUCUAACUUGUUCUAAACCCAGAGUUCCCAAAUGUGUUGUACAAGAAGUUUUAUGUAAUAAAAAUAUGCAAAUAAAACAAAUGAAUAAAGGUC